CCGAUCGUGAAACAAGUGAGAGGUUUUUUUAUCAUGUCGGAGGUAUUCAAACUGGGUGAUCUAGUAUGGGCGAAGAUGAAGGGAUUUUCGCCUUGGCCUGGCCGGGUGUCAAAUCCUUCAAAGGACUUAAAGAAACCAAUGAAUACUAAGAAGGGGCCAGUUCAAUGUAUAUUCUUCUUUGGAACAAAUAAUUACGCAUGGAUAGAGGAGUCCAAUAUAAAGCCAUAUCUUAAAUAUAAAGAUACACUUGUUAAAUCUAGUAAAUCUGGUGCAUUUAAAGAUGCAGUUGAAGCAAUAGAAGAGUUUAUUGCUAAUGGAGAGGUGUUUGAGGAUGGCUUAGACCCUGACUCCUUAUUUGACAGACUCAAAGAAGGAAGUUUGUCUAAGGAGAAGACUGUAGUAAAAACUCCUAAGCCUCGUAAGGAAACACCAAAAACUAAACGAUUGGAUACCGGUGGAAGUGAUGCUCGCCGUCCAGCCAAAAAGCAGCGCAGGGAAUCAAGUACAAGUAACAGUAACAGGGUUGGCAGCCUUAGUCCUGCAUUGAACCAUUCAACUCCUCUCAGAAAGUCAGGAUCAACACUCCUUAAUAGGCCUGCAAAUAUUGCCAGACCUGUGACACCGCCUUUAGAUGUGGAAACAUUAUCGCAAACCCUUAAAGAGAAAAACAUCCUUCCGUCGACCUUGAAAUUUGGGUUCCUCGGUUUGGGUAUCAUGGGUAGCGGCAUCGUAAAAAACCUGAUCAACAGUGGACACAGCGUAAUUGUCUGGAAUCGAACACAAGAGAAGUGUGCAGACUUUGUGAAAGCAGGGGCAGAGCAGGGCUUAACGCCAUCCGAUGUUGUGCUCGCUGCUGAUAUUACAUUCUCUUGCGUGGCUGAUCCUCAAGCUGCCAAAGAUAUGGUCUUCGGAAACUGUGGGGUUCUCACGGAAAUAUCUCCGGAGAAAGGAUACGUGGAGAUGACUGGUAUAGACGCGGAGACGUCGCAAGAUAUCGCCGAAGCGAUAACAGCAAAAGGUGGACGUUACUUGGAGGCCCAAGUACAGGGUAGCAAAACACAAGCGCAAGAGGGUACUCUGGUGAUCCUCGCAGCCGGGGAUCGAACGUUGUUCGACGAUUGUCAGUCUUGCUUCGAAGCGAUGGGCAAGAACAGUUUCUAUCUUGGCGAGGUGGGCAACGCUUCCAAAAUGAACCUCGUGCUACAAUUGAUGGCCGGUGUGACUCUGGCCGGUUUGGCUGAGAGCAUGGCACUCGCAGAUCGGGCCGGUCUUCAACAGAAAGACGUGCUGGAAGUUCUGGAGUUGACAUCAUUGGCUUGUCCUGCAAUUCUUGAUAAAGGGAAAGCCAUUAUCGAAGGCGGCUUCCCGACGCAGUUACCACUGCAGCACAUGCAAAAAGACUUAAGACUGUCUUUAGGUAUGAGCGACCAAUUGGAGCAACCGUUGCCGCUAGCCGCCGCAGCAAACGAAGUCUACAAGCACGCUAAACGCCUUGGUUACGGAGAACACGAUGCCUCCGCUGUUUACAUCAGAGCUAGGUUCUAACGGAGCAUGCAUCGUCGAGCUUUCGCUAAUACCAUAUUUAUUGCAAUAUCUAACGUUGUUUCCCGUCGCUACCAGAGAAGAGUAGUGCGCUAUUUGCCGAAGAAUAGCGGGAUCACUAUCGGACAGCUCAAAGAAACGGCACCGCCGCGACGUUUGUUUAAUCGUCACGGGAUUGUUGAAUAAGAAUGUUCUGUUAUUGCUGAGAGGAACCAGAAUCAAAUUCAAUGCAUCCAAGCGCAUAACGGAAAACUUCAUGCACACAGAUCGAUGAAUGUAUAAAUGUACUUGUACGUUUUUUUACACGCUUUUUUUUGGCAAGAAGACUUUUUUUGUGGAUACAACAACAUGGUUUUUUUCUUGUUUUUUCUCUCUCUCUCUUUUCGUUUUAAAUAUAUGGCGACUACUUUUCUCGAGAACAGCGUGGGUUAUGAUAGCCGAUCUCUCGAGUCGCAUCCCGACUUCGAUCCCGUAAAAUGCGCGCACCCCUCACUUGAAAACGUGAGAGACUUGGGACGUGUCGAAAAUGUGCCUUACGAUACUCGUUCAAAGCAAGGCUUUCUUUCUUUCACUGUUCUUUUCUUCGGUUUCUUUUUUUUUUUGCUUCGAAAGGCCGCUGUGAAUAAUUUUAUUAUUUGUGAAUAAUAUAAUUAAAUGAAUUUGAUGUAUAGAAUGAUAAUUAACGGGACGACGCAUAGGAAACUAUUGUUACGAAAAAAAGAAUGGUAGAGAUAAAUUCUACGAGUUUAUUGGUGCAAUCAUAAGAUGUAAUUCACCGAGACAAGGUUCUCAAUUUUAUAAGAAAAAAUGUUGGCGGUAUUUUAGAAACGUCCGUUCAAUCGAGUAACCGACUAUAUUGCAUGAUAAGAGUUUUCCACUUUUUCCUAUUCACGUAGCCAUUGUUCCACUAUCCAAGAUAUUAGCACUGCAAUUUUGAUUUAAAUUUUUUUACUCAUAUCUUGCGUAAUUACAGACAGUAAGCUUUAAUCAAUUUUAACCAGUAUACUUUGCAAUUUUUCAUUAUGUUACUCGUCCAAGGACACUUCUGAUAUAUCGCCGUAAAGGUUACAUUUUUUUGGCAAUUGGAACCGUUUUUGCGUCAAGCGCGGCUUCGGCUCUUUGGUUUCAUCGACGUGGCUCUGGACAAAACAAGCCGAGAAACAGCGCGGAAUUAUUCUACCUUGGUAGCAUUGCAAAGCUGAGAGGAUAUAGAACAAGUAUCGAGCGUUAAUUAAUAUAUAUAUAUGUAUGUUACUAUAUAUAGAGGCUUUUGGACUCAAUGAAUGUCCCUUUAAUUAUUAUUAUUAUUAGUAAGAUAUAUUCCCUCACAAAGAUUUGAAUCAAAUGAUGGUAUGGGGGUGGUGUCUAGUUACAAACCGACCAAAACUCUUAACAUAAUACUACAUUUUUUUAUUUCGU